CAUUAAUACCAACCGAGAAGGCUCCGCCGGCGGUGAAGGCUCAGCACUUUCGAUUUCUGCCACGCCGAUCUCAAAUCCGAUGGAUUCCGAUACAGACAUAAUCAUCAGAAACAUUCUCAGCCGAAUUCCGGCGAAAUCCCUAAUCCGAUUCCAGUGCGUGAGCAAACGGUGGAGAACUCUGAUCAAGACCCCAUCUUUCAUCGCCGAACACCUCCGCCGCCAAUCCCCCUGUCUCCAUUUCCGAGCGCAAAAACCUCGACAUCCGAAGCAGCUACCUUUGCCGUUACAUUUACUGGAUUGCGAAUUGCAGGUCCGACGGGUGGAGAAGCAGCCGCCGAUCUUCGAGCUUGACUUUGCGAACAUCGUGGGAUCCUGCAACGGCCUGAUCUGCUUGAAAAUCGUCAAGGAUUAUCUUCUGUCCACCCUUAUGCUGUGGAAUCCAGCGAUCCGGGCGCUCCGGAUGAUUCCCAGCCCUGCAGUUGUUGGUGCUCAAAAGGGUUUGUUUCUCAUAGGAUUUGGAUUCAGUCCCAUUGUUAGUGACUACAAGAUUGUGAUUGUUUGGCUUGUGGAUUAUCCUUUUCCGGGCAUUCAUGUGGAAAUGUAUUCGUUAUCCUCAGGCUCAUGGAAAGAAGUAGUAGUAGUAGAAGAACACAAGAUCUUAGAGCACAUUCAUCUAAAGAGCGAUUGUGUGACUGCAAAUGGAGCUAUGUUCUGGCAUGGGGCGAAGGGCGAUGCCGAUAUGAUAGUAUCAUUUGACCUGGCAACAGAAGUGUUCACGUUAAUUCCAUUGCCAGUCCCUUCAAACCCUAGUUUGAGUUUCAGGCUCGCGGUUCACGAGGACAAACUCGCUCUGCUUGUUAAACAUUGGUUAUUGGAAAACUCAAAAUCUGUUGAAAUGUGGGUGAUGGAUGAAGGAGGUGAAGGGGGUUCAAAUGGUGAGAUCGUGUGCAAUGUGAUUGAAUGUGGGAAAUCGAAAAUCGCUCUCUUCAACGUCGAUACUGGUGAAUUUAAUAUGUUAGAUGUACACGACUCUUACGAGUGUUUCGAUUAUGUGGAAAGCCUUGUGCCAUUAGGGGGAAAGAAGUUGAAUGCAACAUUUAUGUAGGGUUUGAAGAACUCUUUAGUGCAGUUGAAGGUGAUGAGCUAAAAUUUACUCUUAUCUUUCUUUGAUCUAAUGAGUAUUUGAUAGCAUUUGAAAAAAACAAAUACUUUUGAGUCCAUUGACAAUGGAACUCAAAGACUCAUUUUUGACAAUUCAUUCUCUUCAUUGCUCCCUUCUCAAAUUAAGUUGUUUAGUACUUAUAGGGUCAAAUUUUCCUGACUUUUAUAUUUUAGUUAUUAAUGUAAUUAAAAAGGAAAAAGAAAAUAAAAAUAAUCCAAAGGUUACAGAUUGAAAAAGAAAAUAAAAAUUGUUGAAUAAAUUCUUUUUCUUAUG